UCUCCGCCGCUUCCCAUUCACAUGAGUAUAUAGGAAGUGUACGUUGGCCAUUUCUUUUCUCCCUCUCAAUCCUCUUCCACCUUUGUAUUGGACAAAAGGAAGACUGUUUCAGUUUUUGCAUAUUGCACUCACCCCUUUCUCUCCCACUUCUCUCUGUACCUUGCUGAAUUAAUUUGUCUCUGUCUGUGUGUUUUUAUGUGUGUGCGUCCAUCAUGAUUCCAGCCUAUCGCCAUUCAGUAUCUUCUGUUAUGCCUCUGGAUCUUAACGAAGAUCAGAACCACGAACUCCUCAGUCCAAAUCAUCACGCAUCCUCUUCCUUUUCUUCUCUAUCAUCAUCCUACCCUAUUCUCUUCAACCCGCCAGAUCAAGAUCAAGAAGCUCGAUCAUACUAUUGGCAACCAACAGAAAAGAAAAUACCAAGCGAUCAUGAAGAGGCUGAGAAGAUUAUCCCUCCUAGCGGAUCACGGGAUCAGUCGGUGGCAGAAAGUGAGCAGAAGGUGACAGUUUGGAAGAAAGAAGAGAGGAAUGAAAAUCUUGAAGCAGUUGCUGAGGAUGGUUCGAUGAACUGGAUGUCUUCAAAGAUGAGAAUGACGCGGAAGAUGGUGGUGUCGGAUCAAACUGACGCAUGUGUUGCAGACAACACUAGGCACAAGUUUGAAGAUCAAAAGCAACCAUUGUCACCGCUUGGAACUGAUAAUAGCAGCAGCAACAACUACUCAAACCAUGGUAAUAACACAGUUAGGGUUUGCGCUGACUGCCACACCACCAAGACCCCUCUCUGGAGGAGUGGACCAAGAGGCCCCAAGUCACUUUGCAACGCUUGUGGGAUUCGACAAAGGAAGGCAAGACGUGCCAUGGCGGCGGCAGCAGCAGCAGCGGGAAAUGGAACAGUUCUUGUGGAAGCUGAGAAAUCUGUGAAGGGAAACAAGUUGCAGAAGAAAGAGAAGAAGUCAAGAAUUGAGGGUGCCCCACAGAUGAAAAAGAAGCGCAAGCUUGGAGCAAAGCCAUCUCAAAGUAGAAGCAAGUUUGGCUUUGAGGAUUUGACGCUACGCUUGAGAAAGAACUUGGCUAUGCAUCAAGUUUUCCCUCAGGACGAGAAGGAGGCUGCGAUCCUUCUCAUGGCUCUAUCUUAUGGCCUUGUUCAUGGAUGAAGUUUAAUUUCAUAGCUAGCUAUCGUUAAUUAGGUUUCUUGUAUUGUUGUCUUACGACUAGUUUUGGUUAGAUCAAUGGUUUGUGCUAUAUGCAUGUGCGAGUGCCAGAAGAGGAUGUAAUGCAGUUAGUUAGGUUGUGAGUGAUCUUAUGUGUAAUGUUUGAUUUGAACAAGUUGACGACCAAAAAGUGUGGGUCUCUUCUUGAUGGAUUUCUCUUUAUCCCAACUAGUUCAAUAAAAUUUACAAGGGUUUUAUAUAUGGUGAA